CAUAAAAAUACAUAUAAUUUUGUUCUUUCGUUCGUUGAAGUCAUCAUUGUGGUUGCAAGCUAUACUUUUGUGGUCGCAAGCUAUACUAUGUUGAUUUUGGCAACGAUGAAAAACGUGAUAUUAAUUGCGAUAUUUCUCCUAAGUGUCAAUGUUAUGGUCGAUGCAUAUGAAUAUUGUAAGGACGAGACAUUAAAAAAAAUAUGCAGACCAGGCAAAAUGCAUUUAGAAUGCGGUGCUCCGGAGUUAAGUACGGAUUAUGAGUGCCAAAGGAUGGCACCUUUGUUACCGAUCACGAAAAAAGUGAAAAGAUUUCUCUUAGAUCUUCACAAUGGUUGGCGUGAUAAAGUAGCUAGCGGCAAUGAGAUUGGAGGCAAGGAAGGUAAAACCUUCCAAAUUGCGACGAGAAUGCGCGAACUUAUUUGGGACAACGAAUUGAAUUUUCUGGCUUCAAAUCAAGUAAAAAGGGGAAAGCAAUUCAAAGUAGAUUGCGUGGCCUCAAAACGUUUGAAUUUCGUUUCCCAAAUCACUGUACGAAGUCCACAUGAAGGCUUUAAAGGAAAGCAAGAUAUUGCUAGCGUUUUUGACGUAAUGCUUGAAAUCCUUAUGCCUGCCUACGAGACGAAGUCAUCAGUACCAGACCCUACAGCUAUGGCAGCAAACUGCACUUCCCAGCCAGGAAGAUACUAUCGAUACUGCAAUUACUUUGUUUGUAAUUAUGAUUUCGAUAAUAAGCCUUUCGAAAUUAUUUACCAACCGGGAACCGAAGCGGCUUCUGAUUGUGCUCAUUGGGGAGCGCAGCCAAGCAAACAAUGGCCGCAUCUAUGCACUAACACUGGCGAGAUAUUUAAAUACGUAUCCAUUUCGCCCGAUCAUCCGUUUGGUCUGGGCUAA